AUGGGUGCAUCGGAGAAAGCAAGUAAGCGUAAGGAGCGUGACCAUGAGUCAUCUAAGAGUGAGAAGCUGGAGAAAAAGGUAAAGAAGUCCAGUGAAUCCAAGGAAGCAAAGAAGGACAAGAAAGAGAAGAAGGACAAGAAGGAGAAAAAAGAGAAGAAGGACAAGAAGGAAGAGCCUUCCUCGGUAUCAGAAGGUCCUGCAUCUCCUUCUGAUGCUGCCUCGACGGGCGUGUCUGCAAAAGAAGCGCGUGAAUUCAUGGAAUCAAAUAACAUUACGAUUGAGAUGCCUGAGGAGUCAAAUGACAAGCCCCCCCGGCCGAUGCUGUCCUUUGCUGAGUUGAAUGGGAAAAUUGACGCCGCUUUGAAGGCUCGUCUUGACGAAGAAGGCUUCACAAAGCCUACAUUGAUUCAGUCAUGCUGCUGGCCAGUCCUCUUGCAAGGUCGUGAUAUUGUAGGUGUGGCCGAAACGGGUUCAGGAAAGACGUUGGCGUUCGGUAUCCCUGCUCUUCAAUACGUGAUUACCAACCCGGAAAAGAAGAAGAAGAAAGGAGUUAUUCAAGUUCUUGUGGUCGCACCCACGCGUGAACUGGCAAUUCAGACACGAGACAAUUUGGCGCGUGUAUGUGAGCCACUUGGCUACGGUGUGUUCUGUCUCUAUGGUGGUAUUCCAAAAGGAGAGCAGCUUCGAGAGAUGAACAACUAUGCGCUUCCUAUCCACAUUGCCGUUGGCACACCAGGUCGUGUGCUGGAUUUGGCGCGCGAAGGCUCGCUAGAUUUGAGCCAGGUUAGCUACUUGACGCUGGAUGAAGCGGACCGUAUGUUGGAUAAGGGCUUCGAGCCUGAUAUCCGUGCCAUCAUCGGAAUGACCAAGUCGCAUGAAGCUGGACGUCACACAAAUAUGUUUAGCGCUACAUGGCCCCCAGCUGUGCGUGGUCUUGCAGAGACUUUUAUGCGCUCACCUGUUCGUGUGACCGUGGGCAGCGAUGAGCUUAGUGCAAACCGACGGGUGGCGCAAACGGUGGAAGUGUUGGAAGAUGGUCGUGCGAAAGAGCGCCGUUUGAAUGCUUUUCUACGUGAGAUCAAUGCGCACAAGUCGAAAGACAAGGUCCUUAUUUUUGCUCUAUACAAGAAAGAGGCGCAGCGUGUAGAAAAUACACUGCGUCGUUGGGGCUACCAGGUGUCAGGAAUUCAUGGCGACUUGAGUCAGCGUGAUCGUAUGGCAAGCCUGGAGGCAUUCAAGACAGCAGAGACGCCGCUCUUGGUAGCCACAGAUGUUGCGGCUCGUGGCUUGGACAUUCCGAACGUCGAACAUGUUAUCAACUAUACGUUCCCUCUGACGAUCGAGGACUAUAUCCACCGUAUUGGCCGUACCGGUCGUGGUGGUAAAACAGGCAAGGCGUUGACAUUCUUCACAGAUGAAGACAAGGCGCAUGCGGGUGAACUCAUCCGUGUGUUGAAAGAUGCCGACCAACCUGUUCCCAAAGAGAUGGAUCGUUUCCCUACGACAAUCAAGCGAAAGACGCAUUCAAGCUAUGGUGAUCAUUAUCAUGAACUUGUUCCUGGAAAAGCCAAGAAGAUUACGUUUGAUGAUGACGAUUAG